UGACUCCACUCCGUUACUUUUCUUUAGCUUUAUAGUUAUCAUCUGGGAAAAACUUUCCUGCUGUUAAAGGAAUAUUUCAAAUACCAAAGUAUUUUCUGUAGUGACGACUUUCUGUGAACUCAACUCUCCUCUGCCUCUAAAAAAAUUGAAUCCAUCUGGUCUCAGGACUGGAAAGCUAAUCUCUAACCAUAGCAAAGAUGUUUAUUAAAAUUCAGAUCGUCAUCUUCGUGCUGGGGAGUGCGCCUUUCAUAGCAUUUGCUGAAGAAGCAAGCUCCGUUCUUGAAGGAGAAGAAAGUGCAACAAUUGAUUUUGGAGACAGAAAUAACUCAGAGUUUGAAGAAUUACCAACCCUGCUGCCCACAAAACUACACAGUGAAACAAAUUUCUUGGAUUUUGGAGAACUGAUGACCACAGAAAGUGUAGUUGUCUCAAGUGAAGAUAGUGAGAAUUCUACUGAUUAUGAAGCUACCACUGAAAAUGAAGGUGGACUGGGUAGAGAACCAGAGGCAACUGAGAAAGGUGGUCUGGAAACAAUUGCACUUGUUGGAAUCAUUACUGGAAUCAUAGUAGCAGUUGGAAUCCUUGCAGGAAUUAUAAUUGCUGUUGUAAGGAAAAUGUCAGGCAGGUACUCGCCCUAAAAAUAGUUGAAACAAGUGAUCACGCCAUUUCAUGCCAGUAAAGACAAGUGCUCCUUAUUUUAUAAGCACUGGAGACUAUUCUUGUAUUUGUGUGAGAAGAUGAUCCAUGGGAAGCAUGGCUGAAGAACUUCAGAUCUAUGGGGAUCCCACACAACUCUCCAACCAACUAUCUUUACAGAACAUGGACGCUUCACAGGAUUUUUACUAACCAGGAAUACAUUAAAACUAUGUAGUAGGAAAAAGACAAAGGACACAGAAGCAAAGAGAUACUUCCAAAGCGUGAUUUGCAGGUAACAUAUGCUAGCUUGAUUUUAAACACUGCAGACAAAGCUAAUUAUCUUACAUUGCAUUUUAUCCAUUUUCCCUCUAAAGACAGAAACCACAUACCAAGAUUUUUUUCUCUUAAGCUGAGCAAUCAACGUAGCUUACUGCAUCCUUCAGUGUUCUGAAGUGCUGUGGCAUGUUCAUCUACCUAAUUAUAGUUUAGCAAGAUAUGAAGCGUCUUACUGAUGAGAAGGAAUGAGCUUCAGAGACUGAAUUAUCUCCAUAUUUCAUAAACAAAUUACCUAUCAGAACUUAAGUCUUUCCACUAUCAGUACUGAUUUUCUGCUUUUGAUACUUACGUGCCAACAUGUGGUAGACCCAGCUGGACCUGACCUACCAACUAAAAGCUUGCUCAUCUCACUGUUACACCAAAAACUUCCUGUCUUCUCUUGUUACAGAGGUGUAUAGGGAUUGAAAUACACAUCCUGAAUUAAAGGGUGCUUGGAAUAUACCCACUUUUGAUGGGUCACUAACAGUUUCUUCUGAUGUGUAAAAGCUUUUGAAUUAACAUACACUUCUUUAACUGUCUCAUUUUCUAAGUGCAGAGUAGACUUGCUUGAUCACACAUUGUACGAUAGAUCAGAGCAUGUUAAUGAGGUAUACAUCCUUGGACUCUACAGGUUUUCAUUAUGGCAUAUUUGAUGCAGCACUACAUAAGUGUGCGAAGUUCAAAGAAAAAGCUGUGCCAAGCAGCUGCAGCAUAUCAUGUUUUCUAAACUUAAGGCACUCACAUGUUGGGUAUGAAAUUGCUAUAAUUCAUUGUCAAUGAGUAAUAAACUAAUUGAUUUUUUGAUUUGCUCUUCUGUUUUCUGUGCUGUGAACUGUUACAUCAGUCUGAGCUUUGGAAAUAAAGUUAUGUCAUAUUUUACAA